AUGCUCGACAUGAUCGAAGGUGUUUCGGAAACUUCUAUUCCAAAACAAGGGGGAGAACCAAUGAAGGCUUCUGGUGCUGGAUCAAAAGGGAAAGAGAAGAUUAUUGUUCAUGAUGAUGAUGAUGAUGAAGAAGGUGAUGAAACUGAUAAGUUAAAGCUUAAAGCUCGCGAUGCUGAACUUGAUGAAAACUUAAUUCUGAAUAAAGCCAUCGACAAUCCGAACAUUUAUUGGCUAGAGCCUGUUGGAUCAUUCGAAUUGGAUAACUCUCUGGAUUUGCAGCUUGAUCUGUCUAUUACGCCGAAGGCCUUUCUGUUUUGCAGUUUUGACAAAAUUGCGAAUGUUUCUCCUUCUAACAAAGGUACUAAUAAGGUUGCUCGUGGGGCUAUGAGUUCAAUGCACGAAUUUACUCUAGUAGAUAUGCCCUGCGUCAACCCAUUCAAUUGGAUCUCUUUGUUGCUUCUUAUACUAAAAGUUGAACAGAAUUUCGAGCCUAUUAUUGCACAUCUUAAACGAAUGUUGGUUUCUUACAUCCAGGAGGUUGGAAAGAUGGAUGUGGAGAUUGCAAUUGUUCUUAAUAAGAAACCUACAGUGCUUCCCAAGGAACCCCCGAAGGAUCUUGAUACGAUGAAAUUAGGGAGGAUAUUAAAGAAGGAUUGGAGUGUCGCUUUUCAGAUACGAGAAAAAUCAGAUGCGAACUUUCAUAGAGUUUGUUUCUUUUUGCCUGAAAAGCAUCUAUACUACACUUCAUGCCUUGAAUAUAUUGUGGAGUUUGUGAGUCAGGAUAAAGAGAACAAUGCCAUAGACAGGAAGUGCUUUUCUGAUAUGAUCAAUUGGUACGUCCGGUUGUAA